AUGGAUGAGGAACAUCUGCAGAAGAGGAUGUCCGACAGCAGGUCCCGGCGUUUCAGCACCCUGGAGAAUAUUCUGGUGUUUCUGUUUGUGGCCAUGACAGGAGCCUGCAUCGGUCUGGUGGUUAUUUACUUCACAGACAAGACUGAACCAAGCACUGUGGGAGAUGGGGUGGGCUCUGGGUGUGGGGGCCCCAGAGAGCUCACUGGAGACUCUGGGAUGUUCAGCAGCUUGAACUACCCCAGUAGCUAUGACAACGGCAAGAGCUGCUCCUGGCACAUCACUUUGGACCCUGCCAAGGUGAUCCAUCUGUGGUUCGAGGACUUCUCCCUGGAGGAUAGUGAGCUGUGCACAGCAGACUUCAUCACGCUGAGAGACGACCUGGGCAUCAUGGGGAAGUUCUGUGGAUACUCCAAACCCAAGCCGGUCGUAUCCCUGAGCAACCGACUGACGAUCUACUUCGACACCAACGACAGGAAGACAGAUGUGGGCUUCAGGGCCCAUUUCAAAGCUGUGUCUCCCAGUGCUGCCUCAGAUAUAACCGGGGCCGGAGGCAGUCUCCAAGGUGACCGAGGGGAUCUGCUGACCCCUGGAUACCCAGAGCAGAACUACGAGAAUGGAGCGCUGUAUCAGUGGAGGGUCAGUGUGCCUGCGCGGGGAGAGAGGGUGCGUCUGACGUUCACCUCCUUUGACCUCAUCCCCGAGGCGUGUGGAGACCACGUGGUCGUCUACGACGGACACACCCCCGGUGCCCCCCUGCUGGGGCGUUUCUGCGGCGGCUCGUUGCCGGAAGUGCUGGAGUCCAGUGGAGGCUCCAUGGUCGUCCGGUUCAAGUCCGACGCCACGCUCACCUCCAGAGGGUUCAGCGCCACCUACACCAAGACCAGCCUGCCUCCUGUCGUGGUCCCAACCACACCUAAACCACCAACCACACCUAAACCAUCAACCACACCUAAACCAUCAACCACACCUCCACCAUCAACCACACCUAAACCAUCAACCACACCACCCGUCGAGUCUGGCUGUGGAGGGCCGGGCGUUCUCCAGGGUCGUAAGGGAGAGAUCCAGUCCCUGGGAUUCCCUGCUCCCUACCCUGGAGGGCUGAACUGCUCCUGGGACAUCUCCGUGCCCCCAGGAUCCCUGGUCAAGCUGCAGGUCACCAGCAUGGCCGUGGCAGGAGAGGCUGGGCAGUGCAAGGACGACCGACUCCUCAUCUCUGACAGCCUGCAGACCCUGGGGGUGUUCUGUGGGUUCCUCCUGCCCCCGGUGCUGGUCAGCAGUGAGAGAAGCAUGUCUGUCAGCUUCCUGUCUGACGGACGGCUGUCUGACCAGGGCUUCCUGGCGCGCUGGGAGGCUGUGCACCCUGAGGACGCAGCAGAGAUCCAGGGGUGUGGGGGGGUGUUUGGUGAAGACACCGGGGUCAUCAAGUCCCCCAGGUGGCCCCACAGCUACCCAGCCAGCAGAGAGUGUAUGUGGGUCCUGGAGGCCCCCCCAGGGAGGAACAUCUCUUUGACCUUCACACACUUUGACCUGGAGGCCAAGGACCUCCUCUCCUCCAGGUGUCUGGACAGCCUGGUGGCCUAUGAUGUCCUGGACGCCUCCCUCAUCAAACACGGUCCGUGGUGUGGCGCCGCCCUGCCCAGCCCCGUCCAGACACGGGGCAGCCGGCUGGUGCUGCGCUUCAGCGCUGACCUCUUCAUGGAGGGGCGGGGCUUCCGGGCAGUCUGGUCCUCCAACCCCGCCCUCCCGCUCCCCACGGAGCCCCCCACCCCCCCCAACCCCUGGGACAACAUCCCCGUAGACUGGCCAGUGGACACCUGUGGUCGCCCAGCUGUCCCUCCCCUGGUCACCUCCAAGAUCGUUAACGGACAACCAGCCACGCCUCACUCCUGGCCCUGGCAGGUGUCCAUGCAGGUGAGACACGCCAGACCUGAGCCCAGCUUCUCUCACAUCUGUGGAGGAACUCUGAUCCAUAAGAACUGGGUGAUGACUGCAGCUCACUGCUUCAUCAACUAUGCAGAUGAGCUCCAGCGCUGGCGCAUGUGUCUGGGAAAACACAACCUGACGUUCUCCGAGGCGUCAGAGCGCUGCUUCUCCGUGCGCUCCAUCGUGCGGCACGAGGCCUUCCGCAACCCGGCCGUGCCCAGCGUGGUAGGGUACGACAUCGCCCUGGUCCGGCUGGACGGGGAGGUGGAGACCAGCGGGAGGGUCGCCUUCGCCUGCCUGCCCCCCCUGGAGGAGGUGCUGCCUGGGGGGACCACCUGCUACGCCUCGGGCUGGGGGGACGAGACCGGCAGCCUGUUCCCCCAGGUAUCGGCCCAGCUGAACCAGGCGUGCCUGCCUGUGGUGGACUACCCCACCUGCAGCCAGCCGGCCUACUGGUGGGACACCCUGAGACCCUCCAUGGUGUGUGCCGGAUACGAGUCUCCAGACGAGCUCAAGUCGGCCUGCCAGGGAGACUCAGGAGGUCCGUCCGUGUGUCAGCCUGCUGGUCCUGACUCCAGCUGGCAGGUCCUUGGGAUGGUUAGUUUCGGUCCACAGGGCUGCAUCGAGGACAAGAAGCCCUCCGUGUUCACGCCAGUGUCUGCAUUCAACGACUGGAUCCUGGACAGCAUCAAGAGGUUCACCUACGAGAAGGCACAGGAGAGCGUGUCAAACAGACAGCAGACCCAGGUGUCUUAG